UGUUCUCAGAAGACAGUUGAGGGCGACAGAGGGAAAUAUGCUUCCAGUGUCCCAAAUCUUAGCAUGCCUUAGUACUUGAUUUAGUCGGCGACUUGACUAAGUGCUUGUACUUCACCUCAGCAAACCAUGUCUUUUCCGCUUUGGACUUAACUUUCCAACCUUCAGCACCACCUGAUCUGUUACUGUCAGAUGGAGAAGGCUGCAUCGCGCCUCGCAGGUUCCUCUCUUUGGAAAGUACUACAUCUGGCACUCGGGAGAGACUACGGCAUGUAGUAUUGUACAUUUGUGUUGCAUUAAGACCUUCAGCGGUUAUUAAAGGACAUUGUGCUAUGGAAGUAAUUCAGCAACUCUGUCAUGUCCUGACUGCAGCAGCAAUCACUCCCGAGGAAGAAUGAAGUAAGCGCGAUGGAGCCGGACAGUGCCCCGAGCUCCAGACUCAAAGCAGCUGGAGUCGGGGGGAGAGCUAUCUUUCUCUGCAUGGUUCUUUACUGUACAUGCUGUCUGAUGUUUGCACAAGCGCAGUCUACAGAUGUGGACGUGCUGCAAAGACUGGGGUUGGUUGGGAAAAGACCAUCUGGGACACGCUUUACACCUCAAGGUGUCAUCCCCUUCAAAUCGGGAGUUAUCCUAACCCAGAGGGCACGAAUUGACGUCCCAGUGAGCUCCGUCGUCCCUGCAUCACUGGGUUCGGCAUUCAGUCUAAUCCUCAGCGUAUGUUCGCAUCGCAUAAACAAUGCUUUCCUCUUCACCAUUGUGACAAAGAGGAAACGACUGCAGCUAGGGAUGCAGUUCAUUCCGGGGCAAAUUUUAGUUUACUUGGGCCAAAAGAACACUGUAAAUUUUGAUUAUGAUGUUCACAAUGGCCAGUGGCACAACCUGGCUUUGGAAAUCCAGGCCCAAAGGGUUACAUUAUAUACUUCUUGUGGGAAGACAAGUGUACAUGCAAAUUUGCAUUUUAAAAAUGAGGAAACGCUGGAUCCAGAGGGCUCCUUUCGAUUGGGAAAAAUGAGCCAGAACUCGGUGCAGUUUGAAGGAGCCAUCUGUCAGUUUGAUAUUCAUCCCUCUGCUAAGGCAGCUCACAAUUAUUGUAAGUACAUUAAAAAACAGUGCAGGGAGGCUGACACUUAUCGACCAAACCUCCCUCCUCUUUUACCGCUAUUACCCCUGGAUCCAAAUAUAUCUGUCACUGUUCAGACCCCAAAUGUUGUAACAGAGGUAAACAACAGACAUCUUUCAUUAACACAAAUCAAAGUACACAUUAAUCAUGAAACCUCACAAGGCCUGAACACCUCUGUUCUAAUUACAUCUCGGUCUGUACAAAGCACGGUGCCACCGAUGAUAGCCCAGCCCACACUACAGCUCCCCCUGCAGGCCACAGCACAAACUGCCAUGGCCUCCUUUGGGAGUAGGACAUCACAAAAAUCUCCAAAGCCAACUCAACAAAGCAGCCCCAGAAAGAACAUCAUGAAGGAAUCUAUAAAGCCCCAGAUAUUAAAAAAGAAUGAGAUGGCUGUCACUGCCCGACCAACAGGCCAACAGAAGAACAAACUGGAUAUCCAGACCCCUGCCACAACAAAGCUUAAACCUUUUAGCACAUCCAGGGAUUUGGAGAUGACAACAUUAGCAUCACCGAAGGAGAUCUCCAAACCCAGCUCUUUUGAGCCUGUCACCGCUGCAGCCACGGAUGGUUUCCAAACCUUCGACCUUGAACCAACCCAGUUCUCCCUCUUGGCUAGGUCACCAGUACAGAAAGGAGAACCAGGACCACCGGGACCUCCAGGACCUCCUGGUGAGCCAGGAUUACCAGGAAAGAGAGGACCCAGGGGUCCCCCUGGUCCACAUGGAAAUCCAGGCCUCCCAGGGACCCCUGGACCUAAGGGAAAAAAGGGAGACCCUGGAAUCUCACCUGGUAGAGCACUAAAUGGAAUAAAGGGGGACCCUGGGGUAUUAGGGCUACCUGGACUACCCGGUCAAACUGGACAGAAGGGACAGAAAGGCCAUCCUGGUCCCUCUGGCCACCCCGGAGAUCAAGGAGAAAGAGGACCGGAUGGAAGCCCGGGUGCCAAAGGUUAUCCUGGCAGGCAGGGUUUGCCGGGGUCUAUAGGAAAUAUGGGACCAAAAGGCGUACAGGGCUUCAUUGGAAUCCCAGGCGUCUUUGGUCUCCCUGGACCUGACGGAGAAAGAGGUUUACCUGGUGUUCCCGGGAAGAAGGGCAAGAUGGGUAGGCCGGGCUUUCCAGGAGAUUUUGGGGAGCGAGGACCACCAGGACCUGAUGGAAACCCAGGGGAGAUGGGUGCCCCAGGUCCUGUUGGCAUCCCUGGUUUUAUUGGUGAUAUGGGUCUUGUUGGAAUUGUGGGUCUUCCUGGAUUAAUAGGACCAAAGGGUGUACCGGGAAACCCAGGCGAGUCUGGACUGAAAGGUGAUAAGGGUGAAGUCGGGUUGCCAGGUGAACCAGGAGGACCUGGAUUUCAAGGUGACAAGGGUAAUCAGGGCUCACCAGGUUUACCAGGAAUUGGAGGAAAGCCAGGACAACAGGGGAAGCCUGGAGAUCAAGGCCCAGAUGGUUUGCCAGGCCCACCUGGCCCUGAGGGUUUUCCAGGGGAUAUUGGACCACCAGGACAGAAUGGCGCUGAGGGCCCAAAGGGGGAUGCAGGAAUGAGAGGGAUUCCAGGCCCUAGAGGAGUUCCUGGACUUGAGGGAGAUCAGGGCCCAGUAGGACCACCAGGGGCUCCAGGACUAGAGGGCAGACCUGGGAGGAAGGGUUUCUCUGGGAAUCCAGGGGAGGAUGGAAUGAAGGGAGAGCCUGGAUUUCCUGGGAAUCCUGGGAUGUUUGGUGAGAUGGGUCUUAUUGGUUUUGUCGGACCUGUUGGUGAGGUGGGGUUUCCUGGAGAAAAGGGAGAUCGUGGUGAGAUGGGUCUGCCUGGGCCACCUGGAGAAAUGGGAGCGAUGGGACACCCAGGGGCCCCGGGUGAGAGGGGCCCAUCUGGACCAGCAGGUACACCAGGGCCUCCCGGGGCUAGGGGCUUCAGCGGUAACAGAGGACCCAAAGGCAGAAUGGGUGCCAGGGGGCCAGAUGGACCAGUUGGAGAGAAAGGAGUGAUGGGAAUGAAGGGUCCUGAAGGUCCCCUGGGAAAACAAGGUUUCAACGGACAAAUGGGUAAAAUUGGUGAAACUGGUGAAUCAGGACCAACUGGAUUUCCAGGGUUUCAAGGACCAACUGGACCUCCUGGGGCAAAGGGCAUCUUAGGAGAACCUGGCCCUCAAGGGCCACCAGGAGUAUUAGGUCCAUUGGGUGAGACUGGAGCAGAGGGUUUACCUGGGAAGGUUGGGGAGCGGGGCUUACCAGGUGAACCAGGAGAGAAGGGUGCAUUCGGAUCUCCUGGGAAUAUGGGAGAGCAAGGCUUGAUUGGACCUCGAGGUGACCCUGGGCUUGAUGGGGAGGCUGGUCUGAGUGGCCCUGAUGGAGCUAAGGGUGAAAAGGGUGACAUUGGAUCAGAAGGAGAAACAGGUGAAAAGGGAGCCAUCGGAUUUAAAGGAACAGAAGGCCGUCCCGGAGAUCCUGGCUUAACAGGUGUCAUGGGCCCUGAGGGCAAACCUGGAAAAACUGGUGAGAGGGGAAAACCUGGAGAGAAGGGCAGCAAAGGUCACCAAGGUCACCUUGGCGAGACUGGACCAGUUGGAGAACAAGGUGCCAUGGGUUUCAUUGGGCCAAAAGGAAGCAGAGGAACUACUGGGUUUAUGGGUGCUCUGGGAAAAAUGGGUCGGCAAGGAGAACCAGGUUUAGUGGGAUAUGAAGGUCAUCAAGGACCACAAGGUCCAAUGGGAUCCCCAGGACCAAAAGGUGAAAAGGGAGAGCCAGGUGAUGACAGGAAGGUUGAAGGUUCACCUGGUCCUUUAGGUGACAUCGGACCUGUUGGCAACAGAGGAGAAAGGGGACAUCCAGGUGACCCUGGAUACCCAGGUCAUGAAGGUGUUUAUGGGGAAAGAGGAAACCCGGGGGCUCCUGGACUCCCUGGAAAUGCAGGUCCAAAAGGUUUUCCAGGGCCUAAAGGAUCCAAAGGCAAUAAAGGUCAAAAAGGCAAAAACGGUCCACUUGGUGAAUCUGGAAGUCGAGGGUCCCCUGGUCCUGCUGGUCUUCCUGGCCCCAGAGGAGUUGUUGGUCGUGAGGGUCUUGAGGGAGAUCCUGGGGUAGAAGGAGCUCUUGGGAAAGAUGGAGCUAAAGGAAUGCCAGGUGAUCAUGGAAGUGAUGGUGAGGUUGGUCUGCCUGGAAAACCAGGUCCUCAAGGAAAUGCAGGUGUGCCAGGUCUGCCAGGAAUUCAAGGCGCUUUUGGGCCAAAGGGUGAAAGGGGCAUCCCUGGCCAAACUGGACCUCCAGGAAAAAGAGGAUUUAAUGGAGGAAUGGGAUUUCCUGGAAAACAAGGAGACCGAGGGGUCAAAGGGCAACCUGGUGAUACUGGUGAACAGGGAUUUCCUGGAGUUCUUGGAAUGUUUGGACCAAUGGGGCCACCCGGAGACCUUGGCCCAGUGGGUAUCCAGGGCCCAAAGGGUCCUCAGGGUUUAAUGGGGAUGCAAGGAGCCAUCGGACCUGUUGGUAUCAUUGGGCCUAGUGGUAACCCAGGAGCACAAGGAGACAAGGGGAAUAAAGGGGAAAUGGGUGUUCAGGGACCUCCAGGUCAUCGUGGACCACCUGGACCUCCAGGGCUUCCUGGUGUAUCUUUUUCUCAUAAGUAUGAAGAUACUGACUUUCCAAUGCUGGACCAGGGAACGGAGAUCAUUAAGACUCUACACUACCUCAGCACUCUGAUUCACAGCAUUAAGAAUCCCUUGGGAACGCAGGAGAAUCCAGCCAGAAUGUGCAGAGAUCUGUUUGAAUGUGAGCACAAGUUGAACGAUGGCACUUAUUGGAUAGAUCCUAACCUGGGCUGCUCUUCUGACAAUAUUGAAGUGACCUGCAACUUCACCAAUGGAGGUCAAACCUGCUUUAAGCCAGUUGCUCUGUCCAAGUUGGAGAUUGGAGUGAGUCUGAUCCAAAUGAACUUCAUCCACCUCCUGAGCUCUGAAGCUGUGCAGAUCAUCACCAUUCACUGCCUGAAUGUCUCUGUUUGGGCAGCAGGGGACUCCAAAACACCUUCCUCUAGUGCAGUGUACUUUAAAGCCUGGAAUGGACAGAUAAUCGAGUCUGGGGGAUUCAUCGAGCCUGAACUGAUAAAGGAUGAGUGCUGGAUCACAGAUGGCCGAUGGCAUCAGACACAGUUCAUUUUCCAGACACAGGACCCAAACUUACUGCCCAUUGUGGAGGUCUACAACUUGCCCAGCACAAAAUCUGGAUCACAUUAUCACCUUGAAGUGGGCCCUGUAUGCUUUUUAUAAAGAAAGCAAUGGAAGUCUUAAAUACCCCUGAUGAGCAGCAUUACAGAGCCUCUCUCUGGCCUAGAGGCCAAUAAAACUGUUCAUCUCCUGUACAGUGUGGACUUCAGCCUUUAAACACGGGGAAAGAGGAAACUAGAGCAGCUUUGGAGAAAACAAGACUUCCUAUGUGAGCAGCUCAGGGUGACCGAUUCUUUCUUUUCAGAGCUGGGCUUCUUCUGUUUGAAAACAAGGCCUGGAUAUGUGGUUAGAAGUGCUUAUUAAACUCUAAAUCUUAAUUUAUUCAUAGUUGUGUUUUUCACACAUGAUUCAUGUAAUGGAGUACUUAUUUUAUAUUCUAUAGUUACACAUGAUCAUGUGUAUUUAUACUUGUACAUGUGUGUAUGUAUAUUUUCUGUAAAGUGCAAUAGAGAAUGAACAGAUUUUUGUUUUUAAUAAUGAAACUUCUGUUUGGCUGUUCUAGGUACCUGAGUUUUACUGUCACUCAUAUCUUUCAAUUCAGGUUCAUUGGCGCAUGUACUUGUGUAUACCAGCAGGUCUGUUGUAAAAGCCUCAGAUACCAACAUACAACACAUAAAACACACAUAUGCUUUCAUUGGUAGCCAGAAUAUGAGUCAAGGUGAAUUCAGACUUGAAAAGUACCAUGUAAACGUCUACCUCCCAUCUCUCAUUUUUUGGUGUUUUGGGACACUAAAUGGACACACAUGCAUUUAACUCCUGUGGUUAGAUUUCUGUUUCCAUCAAAUGUUUUUAACUUAAGUGCCUUUUAUACUUUGAAAGGGAAUAUUUUUGUAUACAUUUUUAAAAAUGAAAAAGUUCCAAUGAUCUUUUUUUUUCAGCAAAACAUAUUUUUAAUCCUUUAUCUUCUAGUAUGCAUUAUUUGUACAAAUAUUUGAACUUUAAAGGCUCAAGAAUUAUAUUAUUAUAGCAGACAUGGUGUUAAAAGUGCUUUUUAUGGCUCGACUGUAGGUCUUUUCAUCAAGUACAUGCAAUUCCAUAAGCCCUAUCUGACUGCAGAAGUAAUUGUUUGACAUGGUGUGUAUCAUAAUUACUGAUUUUUGUACGUCUUUGUUGAGGUGUGUGUACAAAGCUGAAUGUUGCAGUUAGAAACACUGCAAACCUGAGUUGUAAUAUGGAGUUGCUGAUCAAAAUGAGGGCACUAGAAUCUUCCACUAUAUUUGGUUUGUCAUGAGCAGUAGCUUUGGCAUCAUGGUGAGCUAUUAUUUUAAUGGCUGUGACCAAAAAGAGUUAUGUAUGAAAUUCUUUUGAAAUAUAUAUGUUGUUUUGAUCAAAACUGUCAGGAGCCAUAUUAUCUUGCCAAAUAUGUUCUUUGUAUGUGUAAAUUUGAAGUCUCGCUGUAAUAUGUUUUCUGUGAUUUCAGAGCAGACAAACUAAGAAGGGUGGAUAUCUUAUAAUGAAUAUUUCUAUGGUCAAACAUUACCUCAGAAAAACAGCAAACACCAAAGAAGAAAGAUUUCAGUGUAUGAAUUAGAUCAUUGAUACCACAUAAACAGACAACAGUCUUUAUAUCUGUCUGCCUUACUAAAGGUCUUGUCUUUCUGGCCAUUUCUGUGUCUCAUUUGAAUAAAGAAUGUUAUCAUUCAUCAA